GGCUCUCCUCGAGCUAUAAUGGGAUUCGAGAGAAAGCGUACAAUUUAGUUCGCUUAUUUUCGAUUCCGAUGCUAGAUCUAGAUUAGAAGCUAAGGAAGUUGAACAGCUUUGUGAAAUUGUGUACAACUUAGUUGAACUUUUGCGUUUGAAGUGCCUUCAAUUUGGGUGAUUACAGUGGGGUGUGUUUGUUACCUGUGUCAAAACCUAUCGCGCGCGCCAGAACAGUACCGGCGGUGCCCAUGCGGUUGUUGAAUAUUGUUGACGUCGCGCGCGUCGAUUGUUUAAAAGUGCUAUAAAAAUAGUCUUUCAUUCCCGCGACACAACGCGCGAGCAUUACUUUAUACAAACUAACCUACAAACGCGAAUGCUAAUGUUUUUUUUUUACUUUCUGGCUUCUCUUAUUUAAUUAAACCAAGCAAGAAAUAAUUUCCAUUUGUUUGCUUUUUCGUUUCUUUACUUUGUUGUGUGUAUGCGCGCGCCUUUAACGAAUGGUACCCCAAACCUAGCAACUUUUGCGUUUAAUUUUUAGUAUUAAACUGUUCACCUCCCAGGGCAUGUAGCGUGCAGUGUGGUGUGUUAGUCUGUUUGAACGUUUUAUUGACACGUUUUUCACCACUUGUUAUAAUUUCGGCUGUUUAGACACUUGAACUUUUUGUACAAAUGCACACCAUGGAGUUUCCGGCGGCUGCAUUUAUGAAACAGCAUUUUGUAACAAAUUUUGCUGAACUUGUCAAACUGCCGAGAGAAAAUUUUUCCUACAUAGACGUGCUGGAGAAAGAUGAAAAACUGUGCGAAUACUACCGCAGGAUGCCGGUGCUGUACGACAAGAGCCAUCCGCAUUACAAGUUCCAAUCGAAAAAGGAAAAGGCCUGGCGGGAACUGGGUCGUCUGUGCGAGAUGAACGUCGACCAGUGCAAAAAACGGAUGACGUACUUCCGCUGUCGGUUCACCGUCGAACGACGAAUCAUGAAGAAUGGGGUGAACUGCAGUGAGUGGCCCCUGCUGGAUAAGCUUAAGUUCCUUAAUAAGCACAUCAAAAUCCGGAGACCGCGGGCCCCGAACGGCGAUGUCGAUCCCGAUACUGACGACGAAUCCAAUCCACUCCAUGCGCUUCGGAAGCGUCAGAUGGAGGAGUCGAAGGAUGAUCUCCACGCAUAUCUGGACCUGCAGCAGGUAGCGGCUGCGGCAGCUGCUCAGAAUCCGCAAGCUCAACUGCACUAUCAAGCGCAGCAAGUGAAACUACAGCAGCAAUAUCCACACGCACAGCACCAGGGACCGCCCGGAUUUCACCACGGACAGGAUAUGAGUAUGCACCACCUUCAGUCACCUCACAUGUCUGGUCAGCAGGCGCACAUAGCAAAUCUCCAUGGGAGUCGAGAAAAUCACCAUCCAGCCCAGAUGGGCGCUAAUCCAAUGUCAGCCUCACAUGGCUACCGGCCGAGCCUAUCACAGCCCACUCCAGUCGAAUCGCCCAUACCGGCUUCCAACGUGGAAGUGUCAUACAACGUACCAAAGCGUCAACGGCUCAACUAUGACAAUAUGGACGAGGUAGCGUCCGUCUCCAACUUCAACCUAAACCGCACGAUCAAGUACCAGAACAAUCUCGAACAUGCCGUCAGUCUCGAUGAGCACGGCGCGUUCGGAUUGUAUGUCGGAGAGAUUCUUAGGAAGCUUCCAGAACGGCUGGGUUCACUUACUUCGCUGAAAAUCAUGCAGGCCUUGCAUGAAGCCCAAAUUCAAUCAUUUGACAUGAACCCAGGCAACGAUAGCAAUGGAAAGAAAGCAAGUUCCCCACACAGCUCCGUUGAAAGUGAUGAACGUAAGUCAACCGGUAGUAAUGAAGACGCCGCAAAGGAUUAAACAUCCACAAACGAAAUACUUGAUUCUAUUUUGCAAAUGCUCGCCAGUUUCGAUGAACGUGUUUUUAUUAUUUUGUAUUUAUUAAAAGUAGCAACGUAUGGAAAAAAAUACGUUUAAGAAUUUAGACAGAUUUGUUUAUAAAAACAUCCAUCCUUUGCUGACAAUGGAAGGAUUUUUAUUUGAGUAUUAGUUAUUAUAUGGUACCUAAAUGGUAAGAGUUCUUUAAAAUCAAAUGAUUUUUAAUAUUACCGGUAAUAUAGGAUAAUUUGUUUUUAGAAGCGCUUCAUUAAACAAACGAAACCGAUGUCUUUAAUAUUCCUCAGAUAGUUUUGUAGGAUUACGCAACCUAGCAGAAAGAGGGACAUUGAGUAAUCAUUUGACAAAACCUAUAUACAAAGAUUAUAAUCGAUUAAUCCCAAUAAAUGUGAAUUAUAUUAACAAAGGAA